AUGGCUUUCGCGGCUCGCCGUAGCGGUGGUGGUGCACUGUUGAUGACGCUGGUCGUGGCGGCGGUGGCCGGGCUGGCCGGCGCGGACUUCGCGGCGGACAAGGCGGAGUGCGCGGACAAGCUGAUGGGUCUGGCGACGUGCCUGACGUACGUGCAGCUGACGGCGACGGCGCGCACGCCCACGCCGGACUGCUGCUCCGGGUUCCGGCAGGUGCUGGGCACCAGCAAGCGGUGCAUGUGCAUCCUGGUCAAGGACCGCGACGAGCCGGCGCUCGGGAUCAAGGUCAACAUCACCCGCGCCAUGAACCUCCCCUCCGUCUGCAACAUCGCCGCCACCUUCUCCGACUGCCCCAAGAUCAUCAACAUGUCGCCGGACUCCAAAGAGGCGGAGAUCUUCAAGCAGUAUGCGCGUGAGCACGAGGGCAAGAACGCCGCCACCACUUCGCCCGCUGCCGCCGCCGCCGCCACCGGUACCACCAGCAGGAAGAGCGCGGACGCGACGUCCGGCGCAGGGAGGCGCACGGUGGUCUUCGCCGUCGUCUUCUCGGCUCUGCUUGCCUCCGUCCUUGUUCUCGCAUGA